CAUAGUUAAAUUAUUUUUGGCCGUGGAAAGCUAGUGACAUUACGAAAUACUAUCCCUCGGUGUCUGCCAUGGUUGCUUCUCGUAUUUUCACUGGAAUUGUUUAUUGAGACAUGGAUAGAUUUUUCUUUUAUGAAAUAUUUUAACUUAUUUUGACUUCUUUUUACAAAAUACGUUAGCUCGUGUUGAAAGAUUUGUCUUUCUGGUUCACACGUUAUGUGUGUGGUAACUCGAUUUCAGGUCUGAAAAUCGACUACCAAAAUAGAACACAUUUAAAUCAGGAGCGUUUGCUUUCGAUUCUGGGGUUUUGUUGAAAAAUUUAAUGAUAAAAUUUAUUGAUGUAGAGAAAUUUUUGGAUGAUGUAUUUCUUAUUCAUGUAACAAUAACUAACAAAAAAAAAUAAUCUGACAAAAUAUUUGGCAAGCUGCUACAACGGGGCUGUCAUUCAGUCGUUGUGCAAAAACCAUUGUGCAAAAGAACCAACUUUUAGACAAUAAAUUCUCUGUCAACAAUAGUUGUCAUAGAAAGUCUUUAUCUAACCGUUUUACAAAACCAAAUAAUGAAAAACAUUGCAAUCCUAGACGACGGCAGCUUCCCAAAGAAGAUUUCCACAAAAUACUUUACUUCAGGGAAAUAUUGCUCAGAGGACAUCAUGGCGUUCGCAGCAGCUCGUAUGAUUCUCAAAGACAAACGAAGAAAACCUUCACGCGAAGAAUAUUCGCCUAGAAACCGAAGCAAGGCUCGGAGCAAACAGUCAGAGGGAUCGAUACACCUGUCAACAAUUAACCAGCCCGUUGGAUCCCCCAAACCUCCCGUUACAAAGAGCAAUGAUCCUGGCUCGAAGAGCAACUGUCAAUCAGCAAAGCCCACAGGCAAGAACUCUGGCAAUAACCGAAACAAUCGAAAAGUCAAGAAAGCCUGCAACACUCAGCACGAAUUAACAGUCACAAUCGACCUGUCGGAGCACGGACUAACAGAGGAUCAGGUUGCCGAUUUCAAAGAAGCCUUUAUUGCAAUAGAUAAAGACGAAGAUGGGCUAAUCACCGUGACAGAGCUGGGCAAAGUAAUGAAAUCUCUUGGCCAACGAUCGACAGACAAAGAACUGAAGACGCUCGUGCGUGAAGUAUCGAACAGCAACCUGCGCAACACGGUCGAGUUCAAUGAAUUUCUGCAAUUAAUGUCGAAGAAAAUGAAGAACGAUGGAUGCGAAGAAGAACUACUGGAGGCAUUCAGGGUGUUUGACAAACUAGGAGAGGGUUGGAUCAUGUCAGCAGAUCUGCGUGACGUUAUGCAACAUUUGGGCGAACGAUUGUCUGAUCUUGAAGUGGACGAUAUGCUUAAGGAAGCUGAUCGUGGUAAUAACGGCCGCGUUUUCUAUCAAGAGUUUGUCGAAUUGUUGACAAAAUAAAUCGCCUGAUAAAUGAAAUAUCCACAGAAGUUACAGCAGUUAUUUUUGAAGAAGAAGAGGCUAAAGUGGAUGGCUACGGGUUGGGCUUUUAAAAAAAAAACAUUUACCAAGAAAUCAUCAAAACUGAAGAAAAGCUGGUGAACAUUGCGGCUGCUGACGGCUGUAAACUACACAGAUUAGGAUCGUGUUGAAAGUGCAUCAACAUUAGCUUUUGUGUUCUAUAAUGCUGUGCCAAAUUGUGGGUAACGGUGUAACGUCCUUCGAAUGGCAAUAUUAGAUGUUUACAUGUUUUGUUAUUGCGGUUAAAUGUCUGAAUUCGAUGUUAGUUUUGGCACAGGAGCUAGUCACUUCGUCGUGUUCCAUCACACACACACACACACAAAAAGAAUAUUAUCAUGUUGCUGUCUUCGUUUUCGUGUUCAUGUGUGCGUGUUUGUCUGAUUGUGCGGGCUUGUAGGAAACGAUAGAGAAUGAGAGUUUCCUUAAUUAGGUUGUUAAAGUUCAUCAAGUCAAUAGUUUUCUUUGGGAAGAAAGAAAAUCCCAUCUUAGCAAUGGCUUCAGUUAGAACCCAAAGAACUAUUUGUUGAUUUUUCAUUUGAUAUUUGGUUAGACUAUAUUGUUAACUGGAAAAUGCUGGGUUAUAGGCCCGCUAUUGUUCAAAUAUUUGCCAAAGUUUAGUUUCUGAUUGUCUUUGCAUUUUAUGUGGGAAUCGUUGAGCGAGCUACUGGAACUUUCAAAUAAACAAUUUGAAAAAAGA